AUGAGCGGUCGCAACGGUUACGGAAACGGUUACGGCUACGGCGACUCGAGCCGGUAUGACCAGCAGAGCGAAGGUGGAUACGCUGGUAACAAUAACAAUAACCUCGGAGUGAACGGAUACGGCGGUCGAAGCGGUGCCAAUUCAUCGGCAUCUAGUCGGUCUCGCCCGGGUGGUUAUGGUGGCUUUUAUCCAGAGGCUUCUCAGCAACCGUCUUUGUCUCCUGCCCCGUCGCCGGAGCGCCGACGUGAUCGCUCGGAACGUGAGAGGCCGCCGGGCUCGUCGCACUCUGCGUCGUCGCGAUCGAGGACGCGGGGUGGGGAAAUGGAUAGGAGAUAUCAGAACUCAAGUGAUGGUGCUCACUUGAGAGAGGAGCGUUCGAGAGAGGAGCGCCCAAGGGAAGAGCGUCCAAGGGAAGAGCGCCCAAGAGAAGAACGCCCGAGAGAAGAACGCCCGAGAGAAGAACGCCCGAGAGAAGAACGCCCGAGAGAACAGCGCCCGAGAGAACAGCGCCCGAGAGAGGAUCGCCCAAGAGAACAGCGUCCAAGAGAGGAUCGCCCCACACAAGAUCGCUCGAGAGAUGCUGCGCAAUAUGCGGAGAGUCGCAGCCGGGACAUGAACCCUCACCAAGCAAGUCUUAUAUCAAACAAUUCGGGACCGAUCCAAUCAGUUGAAGAUGUUCUACAGUCAAUUCAACGGGAUUGGGAAUUCAUGACGGGCCCCGAAUGUAUCCCCGUCCAUGUCGCGCUCAGCCUCAUGGACACAAGUACUCUGGGAAAGGCCGAACGCGAACCGGAGUUUCUGAACAUGUACAAUGAGAUCCAGAGGACUCUCAAGUCAAUUGUGAACGAGCACCAUCAGGGAUUCAACAGUUCCAUUGGUACAUACCACAUGAUCCAAUCUAAUAUUUCCAGCUCCCAAGGGCGAGUGCGCAACCUGAGACACUCUCUGGAUGAGGCAAAGAGCGGGUUGUUGUCAACCAAACCGGAGCUAAAAGGGCUGGCGACGUCUUCCCAGAACUAUGACGAUCUCCUGCAGCUGUUCGCCCAGAUAGAAGAGAUCCAAUCACUCCCAGAGAAACUUGAAUCUCGUAUAUCUGACAAGCGAUUUCUCGCGGCUGUUGAAGUACUGCAUACAGGAUCGCGCUUGCUACGCCGCUCCGAGCUUGAGGACAUUGGCGCUCUGUCUGAUGUUCGGGCUUAUUUCAGUAACCAGGAAACCUCUCUCACAGAAAUUCUGAUUGAAGAACUGCAUGAUCACCUUUAUCUAAAGUCUCCCUACUGUUCGGAUAGAUGGAAGGCUCCCGUGGGCGAAGGAGACAUCAAUUCCUCCAGCUGGUCGGGUAAUCGUUCCUGGGAACGACCGAUAUACACAUUUUUGGCCAAAUUCGAUCCAACUACGGCCAUGAUAGAAGAUUCAUCACGAAAUCCCGAGGCGGACACAUUCUCAUAUAUUCAACUACUGAUCGAAGCACUCAACAAAAUGGGCCAUCUCGAUACUGCUGUCGACCGAAUUGAACAGCGCCUUCCCGUGGAAUUGUUCGCGGUGGUUGACAAAACCAAUGCCGAAGUUGACAACCGUUAUCCCACCCCGAACCGUACUUUUUCUUCUCACGACAAUCAAGCCAAAUCGAACCUGCCCACGGAAACGAUUGAGAAGCGUGGGCAUGUGUUGUCUGAAUUCUUAUGGGCUCUCUAUGCCAAAUUUGAGUCGAUUGCAGAAGGCCACCGAGUUGUCCAUGACGUUAUUGAAGGAAUUGUUGGACGAGAGGGUCUAAACAAGGGUGAUACACUUGGCGGUGGUUUCAAAGAAUUGUGGAAGCUCUUGCAGAGCGAGAUUCGAUCUUUGUUGCACGAUUACCUUGCCACUGAUGGAGAUGGUUCCUUUGGUUCCCGCGGCGAAGAGGCCGAUGCUCGGCGCAACCUCUACGCAGGAAACCGCGACAAGAACAAGAGAAUGUUCAAGUUGUCCGAUAUGGAUGAAGGCACUGAAAUGAAGGCCGAGCAAGACGAACUGGAUGAAAUCUUGAAAUCCUCUGUCCCAGGUCUUGUUUCGAAAACCAGGCAAAAGGCAGCUGCAAACGAUGUUUCUGCGUCUCGACAAGGCAACUCUGGAACUGGUCAUAAGAUUCUCCUUGAGCCAAGUGUUUUCAAUAUGCGACUGCUUCUUCCGCCUUCGCUUUCCUUCAUCCAACGUCUCAAGGACAUUGUGCCCGUUGACUCUGAUAUCUCCAUGAGCACACUGACAUCCUUCCUUGAUGACUUUAUGGUCAAUGUCUUCCUUCCCCAACUAGAUGAGACUGUCACCGAUCUAUGCACGCUCAGUUUCAUCGCCGCCGAUGCAUUUACCGAAGAUCCCCAAUGGACCAAGGUUUCGCCACGACCUAUUUUUAGGGGAACCGUGAAGUUCAUGUCGAUUGUGCGAGAAUUCAGCAAGAUGUUAUCGAGUAUUCCACAUGAUCAGGCAUUCACGCAAUUGUUGAUUGAUCAGAUCGUGACGUAUUAUGAUAAGUGUUUUGGGUGGUACAAAGCAAUGGUGACAAAGGUUUCCGCACGUAUGCAUGGAGGUGCUGUCCGGCUUAAAGCUGCUGCUUCAUUCGCUGAGGCCGGUGAUAUCCAUGAUAUAGUUGACGAGUUAUGGAAAGGGCCAGGCGAGAAGAAGCAGACACUCAUUGAUACUGAAAUUGACCUCCUCCUCAAACGGACAGAUCAAGUCCCCUUGGAGCCAUACGAUAUUAUAUCCGACCCUAAGACCGUUGUGGCCAUUUCGCUACUGUACAACAGCAUGCAAUGGCUUGGAAGCCACCUCGCGAAGAUCAGACUAAUUGUCGAUCCUUCUACGGAGCAUACCACGACAACUCUAUCCACCAACGGCCGACCAUCCCGAAGAUGGACACUCUUUGGAGCAAUGAAGCCCAAGCGUGAUAGUAUCAACAGUCCUGUAUAUCUGCCACUUAACGACGAGACUGCCACAGCAUUUGACAAGACUUUGCAAUCACUUCAUGGUCUCGGAUCUACUGCUCUCCUUACAUUGCAUGUUGAUAUCCGCUGUGGUAUCAUCCACAUGCUCACCAAGACCAUCACCACCGACAGCUGGUGGCACAUUAUUCUGAACCAGCCGACUGCUGCCUCCCCGACAAUUUUAGGACUCAACAGUGACUUGAUCGCCUUCGAUACCAACAUCUCUACCUAUUUGGGAUCUGCCGAGCACUGGUUCAUCACCUCCGGCCUUGCACGGUUCAUCGAUCGAGUAUUUGUGUCCUGCACAAAAUACAUUGGAGCGAUGAAUGAGAAUGGUGCCCUUCGUUUGCAAUUGGAUGUGCUUGUCUUACAGCAAAAUCUGAAGAACAUCAUUAUCGACCCCACUGUCGACCCUUCACACCCUGGCGAGGCUUCUCUUCACGAAGUUGUAGCUCUGCCCCGGAGCGCUAAGUUCCUGGACUGGUUCCUAGAGGGUGCCGAGAAGGCGCUAGACUACUCCAAGGACGAGAAGGAUGCAUUCGCUGCCGAGGGCGACAGCGCCUUGGCAGCAGGUAACGGCGAACCCUUUACUUAUGAUGAACUGCGAGUGCUGGUGGAUCUCUGUUUCUCCGAGGUCCUGCGGGGUCCACGGGGUGCCGAAAACCGAGAAGACUUCAUGUCGUCCAAAAAGGCCAGCGCGGAUGCGCUCUUACGACUUAAUGAAGUCAUGUGGGAUGCGCGAUAG